AUGGAAAGAGUUGUCGCACAUGUGCGAGAGAAGUGGAAUGAUCCAGUGGUCAAUGCGCCUCGGAUAUUUGCAACUUUCUGGAGUUUUGUUAUGAUGGGAGCAAAUGAUGCGGCUUAUGGUGCUCUGAUACCCUACCUCGAAACGUAUUAUAAGCUCAGCUAUACUGUUAUCUCGCUGGUCUUUUUAUCGCCGCUCGUAGGGUAUGUAGCAGCGGCAUUAUCUAAUAAUGCCAUUCAUAUGCAUCUCGGCCAACGAGGUAUCGCAGCUCUUAGCCCUGGCUUCCAUCUUCUAGCAUAUAUUAUCAACUCAAACCACCCGCCAUACCCUGUCCUUGUGGUCUCUUUUAUCUUUGCUGGACUGGGCAACGGACUGGCAGAUGCCGCAUGGAAUGCGUGGAUUGGAAACCUCGCUAAUGCAAAUGAAGUGCUCGGGCUCCUCCAUGGGUUCUAUGGGUUGGGUGCGGUGUUAAGCCCUCUUGUCGCUACUUCUCUAAUCACCAAGGCGGCUUGGCCAUGGUAUACAUUCUAUUACUUCAUGAUAGGGGGCACUGUGAUUGAGUUGGUCUUUUCAGUGGUCGCCUUUUGGUCUGCGAACAAACACGAUUUUCGAAAGCGAGUUAAUCAAACUCAUCUGGAGGAAACCCCACAGCAAAGAAAAGCUAAUAACAUGAAAGAGGCACUCUUUGCCCAACCGGCUGCGCGGGUUACUUGGCUCUGCGCUACGUUUCUCUUGGGAUAUGCUGGUAUAGAGGUUGCCCUAGGGGGCUGGAUUGUGACGUUCAUGAUACGGGUGCGUCAUGGCGGUGCAUUUGCCAGUGGUAUGACUGCUACAGGCUUCUGGAUAGGCAUUACUGUAGGCCGAGUAGUGCUGGGGUUCGUCACGCCAAGGAUUGGAGAAAAGUUUGCCAUUAUAAUAUACUUGGUCCUAGCCAUGGUGUUUGAGCUUAUAUUCUGGCUGGUCCCUCAAUUCUACGUAUCGGCCGUGGCGAUCGCUCUACAGGGGUUUUUUCUCGGUCCUCUUUUCCCGGCUGCUGUGGUUGCUGCGACCAAGCUACUUCCAAAGCACCUCCACGUAACUUCAAUCGGAUUUGCGUCCGCGCUGGGUAGCGCAGGUGCAGCAGUUUUCCCAUUUGCAGUUGGGGCUAUUGCUCAGGUCAAGGGAGUCCAGGUAUUGCAGCCUUUUGCUCUGGCCUUGCUAAUCGCAGUGUUAGGGACAUGGCUCCUGGUGCCACGCAUGCCAAAGAGCAAUGAGUAA